GAAAUGUGGUCUCGUCCAAAAUCCUCUGCGGUCUGCAGCAGUGGAUAUGGCGUCACUGAAAAGUGUAGGAGUCGAGAAACUUCACCCAUGUAAAUAACGUGAAGAAGAAAGCUGUGUGACACGCUGUAGAUAGCAAUUCGCAGUACAUAGCUAUAUUUAUUUACCAGCUUACUUUAUAAAUAUGCCCCGGAAAAAGCCAUUUAGCACCAAACAGAAGAAGAAACAGCUACAAGUCAAACGGGAGAGAAAGAGAGGUGACACAGGUUCAGGGCCGAGCAGCCGCAAUGCCAGUCUGGAGCGAGGACAGCGGCAGUCAGACACCUCAGACAGUGAAACCACUGAUGUGAGGAAAAUAAAUCAGCAGCCCUUCACCAGGGAAGGGAGAUAUGACCCCAACAGGUUCCGACUGCACUUUGAGAAAGAGAGCAAAGAAGAAGUGGAAAAGAGGAAAAAGGUGGCCAGGGAGAAGGUGCUGAAGCCAGUCUCAGGGAAAGAACAUGAGAUCAGCAUCGAUGACGUCUUCCCUCCAGAGAAAGGUCUUGGUUUCCCACGACGGCCGCCCUGGAGUUAUGAGAUGACACGAGAGAACCUGCUGAAGAAAGAGGAGAAGUCGUACAGAGAGCACCUGGAUGACCUGCACUCCAGAAACCCGGAGGGCUCUCUCAGCCACUUUGAGCACAACCUGGAGACAUGGAGGCAGUUAUGGCGAGUGUUGGAGAUGUCAGACAUCAUCCUGCUAAUCGUGGACAUCAGGCACCCGGUGCUGCAGUUCCCUCCAUCCCUGUACAACUACAUCACAGGAGAACUGGGGAAGCAGGUGGUCCUGGUGCUGAACAAAGCCGACCUGUGUCCUCCACCACUGGUGAUCGCCUGGAAACACUACAUGACCUCCCAGUUCCCCCACCUGCAGAUAGUCUGCUUCACCUCCCACCCGGGACAGCCCUACAGCACAGUGCUCCAGAAGAAGAGGAUGAGGAAGAAGGCAGACUGGAGUCACUCUGGGGGACCUUUAGACAUUCUGAAGGCCUGCCAGGAGAUCACAGCGGGGAGAGUUGACCUGUCCAGCUGGGAGCAGAAGAUCCGGAGGGAUGCCGGUGCUGAGCAAAUGGAGGGAGAGCGGCUAGAUGAGGAAGCAGAGACGGUUCUGGUGGAGCAUCAAACUGACAUCGCUAUGGAGAUGAACAGCCCGUCUCAUGAGCUGUACAAAGACGGGGUUCUCACACUGGGCUGCAUAGGCUUUCCGAAUGUUGGCAAGUCCUCGGUUAUUAACAGCCUGGUGGCGAGGAAGGUGGUGAGCGUGUCCCGGACUCCAGGCCACACCAAAUACUUCCAGACGUACUACCUCACCCCGACAGUGAAACUCUGUGACUGUCCUGGUCUGGUUUUCCCCUCCAUCGUGGAUAAACAGUUGCAGAUUCUGGCAGGUAUCUACCCCGUGUCUCAGCUGCAGGAGCCCUACAGCUCAGUCGGUUAUCUGUGCGAAAGGACUCCGACUUACUCUGUGCUGAAGCUCAAACAUCCCAGUCUGGUGGACAGCAAACCCCACCUUGGAAUUCAGGGGUCUGAGGACCUCAAAUGGACUGCCUGGGAUGUGUGUGAGGCUUGGGCAGAGAGGAGAGGCUAUAAGACGGCCAAAGCAGCUCGCCUGGAUGUUUACCGAGCAGCGAACAGCCUCCUGCGGUUAGCGAUCGACGGCAGGUUGUGCCUCUGCCUGAGACCACCGGGCUACAGCUGCCUGAGGGAGCACUGGGAAAACCACCCAGACCUGCCGGAGAUCAUCGCUCUGCAGGGGAGGACCACGACGAAGGAGGAGGAGGAGGUGGGGGAGAGGGACGAAGACGAGGACGGAGAGUCCAGCACCGAGCCGGAGGACGAGAGGGACCGGGACGCUGACGACGACGAGGAUGGGGAUGAUGAAGACGAGGGGUUUGCACACCCGAAACCGAAGGAGGAAAAGCCAUCUGGCUUCACUGUCAACAUGUUCAAUGUCCUGCGGGAAAACGAGUGCGAGUGAUGAAGACGAGCAAAAAGUCAGAAGUGGUUCCUUUUCCCCGUUGUGCACUUUUCAUUCUUCUUUCUCCUAAAUCUGCAUUCCCUCUUUUUUUUGCAGCUCCACUCCUCAUAUCAUCCUUCUGUGUACUUUAACAUGAUCUAAUGUGAUGAAUUCCUUCCUGUGAUAUACGGAGCAUAUCCAUGUGUUCCUGCUGUGCCUCUGCUCUGCUUCUUCGUCAUCCACAAAUCCACAAAUGUUCUUUAGUGGCGCCUCUAGGAGUGGGUUUGGUUUGGUUUUGGUUUGACGGUUCCUUUUCUUGCAUGUAGUUCUCAGAAGAAGCUAAACGAACAAAGUAAUUUCCCCCUCAGUCUGGGAUAAUCAAUCAAACUGGUUUUCAAUCUCUUUAUCGAUGAGUGACUUUGCAGCUGAGUUGCCAAAGUUCAGCAAAGGAUGAUAAAACUAAAUCAGAUGUCGAUAUGAUGUCAUUCACUGGAGCCGCUGCCAGCUUUUAGAGCAGCUGGAGAUUUAAGAGCUGGACUGUAAAUCUCCUUUAUGGACCGGAGUUCGUCAAAACUUUGGUUAAAGGGUGUGGGGACGGGAUAUGGGAGAUAUCGGGCUAUAAAAGUGGAAUGAAUAAAACCAACAUUUUACACACAGUGACCAGAGCGACGGCUCCGUUAGAGGUUUAUUUUUCUGAACUAGGGUUAGAAAAGAUUGUAUAAACGAGCGAUAUUUUAUUUGGUGUGGUUUCACACAGACAGCAGGAAGUAAAGAAAAUGUUUUGGGGGGGGGGGAAUCCUUUACUGCUGGAUGAGGCUGUUUCAGGAAUUUAGCUUGUAGUGUUUUAACUACUACAAAUAUUAUCCUGAGAGGCUGACCGAGAUCUACAGUGUGGGAUUUUGUCUACACUUAUUCAGCGAGUUAAUUUAUAGCAGUAGAGCGGGUCUGAUCCAGAGAAGCUUGACAGUCUGUCCCAGGAACAGGUCCAAACUCUGGUUAAUAUCACUUUCUCUCUGAGGGUUAGACGAGAAGAUUAAUGCCGGUCUUGUAUCUGGAGUUCGAGAAAGGAGAGGUAAAAACUUGGUGUUGAAUCACUCAGAAAAGAUAUCUAAUUGCUUAUAUUUGGACUGAUAUUGCAAUCUGAUUCACAUUUUUGUAGGACAUGAUUAUUUCUGUAGUGUUCAAAGUCUCAUUUUCAUUUAAAGAAUUUACAUUAAAAUGAUCAUAGGGAUGAUUUGUAUGAACUAAACAAAAUGUGGGGAGUUUUUUGGGGGAUUUGACAAAUACUUUUCCAGUCCAUAUUGUCAUUUUGAUCAAACUCAGAUUAGUUAUUCAUCCCUACAAAAAAGAAAUCCGAGAGACCCCUGAUCCACUCAUUAUUAUCUUGUUUGUUUCGCCGAACACAAACCAAAGAGUCAAAAUGAUAUGCAGUUUAAGACUCCAGGUAGUAUCAUCCCCUAUCCAAGAAAAAGUCAACCCCUUGAAACGGGAAGUGUGUGGUGUGGCUUUGUAUGGUUUAAACCAACAAGACAUAAUGAGUCGCUUGUAUAUUAACCGUACAGAUAUAACAGUUGUAUGGUUCUUAUCACCUAACUCUCUAUGAAAGUGAUAUUUACCGACAUGUUGAACCACUCCUUUAUCACAUAAAGACAGUCUGACCCUCUUGGCUUCCAUCUGUCGGUCAUUGUAAAUACCAUCACACCCUCUCCAUCUGUUUUAUGAACUAUAACUAUGAUGCUGUGAUCAAUUUCAAAGUCCGAUCUUUAAAAGCUGUUAAGACCUGCUGCAGACAAUUCUCAAUAUCCGCCAUGUUUUCAUCUCAUUUCCCUCUGAACUGACUUUUGUUUUUGUCUUGUCUCUCUGUCUCUGGUGUGAUAACCCCCGCUACAAUCCUGAGUGCUGUAUUAUAGUGUGCUGUCGCUCCCCUCCGUGUGCACUGAGGGGACUCUGCAGCACCGUGCUGUGUUACUGUGUAAUGCAUCACACUGCAGCAGACAUUUCUACCAUUGGUACAAAGUGAAGCAGAUAUUCGACACUACCGGCAGACUUUUUUUUUGUUGAUGUGAAUUAGUUUUUUUGUUGUUGAAACAUUACAACUGAAAGAGUCUGGAGAGAAGUGUGAAGGCUUGAGGUGAUUUCAGGUGUCUGCUGCAUUCCUCAUUUCAUUCCUGAUGACUGGACUGCUUUCUGCAAUAAAAUAAAUAUUCCUUUAA